UUAUGUUAGUGGAGCACCACAGUGUCCUCUGCUGCUAACAUGAUUGCUGCCAUGAUGAUCUGCCUGCUGGGGGUCCUCACCCUCCUACACCCAGAGGCGGCUGUUGCUAUGGAUAACCCUUGCGCUGCGACGGGCAUGCAGCCUUACGACUACAGUCAGGUGUUGUGCAUGUCAUAUUUGUUCUACGAGGCUCAGCGCUCAGGUCAUCUGCCUUCAGAUCAACGGGUCACUUGGCGUUGGGACUCCGCUCUUAGUGACGGCUCUGACGUGGGUCACGACCUCACUGGCGGCUACUACGAUGCUGGCGACCACGUCAAGUUUGGGUUCCCGAUGGCCUUCACUACCACCAUGCUGGCUUGGGGUGUCCUAGACUUCGCUGAUGGACACAGUAAAGCUGGUCAGACGAAUUACGGUCGAGCAGCGGUCAAGUGGGCCACUGACUACUUCCUGAAGGCUCACACUGCCACGAACGAGCUCUACGGCCAGGUUGGUCAAGGUGAUAUAGACCACGCAUACUGGGGACGUCCUGAGGAGAUGACCAUGGAGCGACCUUCCUUUAAGAUCGAUCAAUCUCACCCAGGAAGUGACUUGGCCGGAGAGACAGCUGCUGCCUUGGCCGCAGCAUCCAUUGUCUUCAAGGAUGUAGACUCGUCCUAUUCAUCAGAGAUGCUGGCAGUGGCCAAGGAACUCUACGACUUCGCAGACAACUACCGGGAGAUUUAUAGCAACUCCAUCACAGAUGCAAGCAACUACUACGGUUCAUAUGCUUAUGGUGAUGAGCUGUGCUGGGCUGCACUCUGGCUGGCCAGGGCUACAGGUGACAACAACUACCUGGUGCGUGCCAGAGGACACUAUGAUGAGUUCUGGCUUGGAACUUACACCGGCGGCCUAGGAUGGGACGACAAGCAUGUUGGAGUCUUCAUGCUGUUCUGGCAGUUGACUGGAGACUCUCAGUACUCUGACAUGUUCGUACAGUACAUUAAUUGGCUGAAGAACGAAGCGACGUACACACCUGAAGGCUUGGUUUACCUGACAGACUGGGGCUCCAAUCGUGCCGCUGCCAACGUCGCCUUUAUUGCACUCUGGGCUGCCAAGAACGGAUUUGAUACAAGCUCCAACCAGAACUGGGCCAGGGGCCAGAUCGGCCAGUUGCUGGGAGACAACCCAAGGUACCAGUCCUUCGUGGUGGGCUACGGUGUCAACCCACCCCAGAAGCCCCACCACCGCUCCAGUUCGUGUCCAGAUCCUCCUGAGGACUGUUCCAACGGCUUCAGUAACCCAGGACCCAACCCACAAACCCUCUACGGUGCUCUCGUCGGUGGUCCAGCUCAGGAUGGCAGCUACAAUGACGACCGUGGCGACUACCAGCACAACGAGGUUGCUUGUGACUACAACGCUGCUUUUACCGGAGCUCUUGCUGCUCUGGUUGAGAUCAGUUAGAUGUAUAAACUAAGCUUAAAACUACCCAAGGCUUUAGCUGCUUUAGUUGAGAUCAGUUGGAUGUAUAAACUAAGCUUAAAACUACCCAAGGCUUUAGCUGCUUUAGUUGAGAUCAGUUAGAUGUAUAAACUAAGCUUAAAACUACCCAAGGCUUUAGCUGCUUUAGUUGAGAUCAGUUGGAUGUAUAAACUAAGUUUAAAACUACCCAAGGCUUUAGCUGCUUUAGUUGAGAUCAGUUAGAUGUAUAAACUAAGCUUAAAACUACCCAAGGCUUUAGCUGCUUUAGUUGAGAUCAGUUGGAUGUAUAAACUAAGCUUAAAACUACCCAAGGCUUUAGCUGCUUUAGUUGAGAUCAGUUAGAUGUAUAAACUAAGCUUAAAACUACCCAAGGCUUUAGCUGCUUUAGUUGAGAUCAGUUGGAUGUAUAAACUAAGCUUAAAACAAUGUUCCUAAGACCUCUCUCGAGAAUUUUCAAUCUGCCUUAUACAUGUAUUUCUCUUAAUCAUAAUAAAUUAUUUAAAAAGG